GCUGUGACAAUUCCCCGGAAACAUGCCGCUGGUGAAGAGAAACAUCGAGCCUCGUCACCUGUGCCGCGGGGCGCUUCCCGAUGGGGUGACCAGUGAGCUGGAAUGUGUAACCAACAGCACCCUGGCUGCCAUCAUCAAGCAGCUGGGAAGCCUCAGCAGACAUGCUGAAGACAUAUUUGGAGAACUGUUCAAUGAAGCCAAUAGUUUCUACAUGCGGAUGAACUCCCUGCAGGAGAGGGUGGAUCUGCUGGUGAUCAAGGUCACUCAGUUGGACUCCACUGUGGAGGAAGUUUCGCUGCAGGACAUCAACAUGAGGAAGGCAUUCAAGAGCUCGACUGUGCAGAACCAGCAGGUGGUCUCUCGGAACUCCAUCCCCAACCCAGUGAUGGAAAUGUACCAGCGCUGUGACAAGCCUCCACCACUGAAUAUCCUCACCCCAUACAGAGAUGACAAGAAGGACGGCCUCAAAUUCUACACUGACCCUUCAUAUUUCUUCAACUUAUGGAAGGAGAAGAUGCUGCAGGCAACUGAAGAUAAGAGAAAGGAGAAACGCAGGCAAAAGGAGCAGCGGUUAGUAGAAGAUUCCACUCGGGAGGUCAAGAAAGUGAGAAAAGCCCGUAACCGGCGUCUGGAGUGGAACAUGAUGGCAUAUGAUAAAGAAUUCCGACCCGAUAACAGGUUCUCACCAUCCCCAUAUCACAUGGCCUCAUCGGAAGGAUCACUGUCCCCAGAUAAUAGAUCUUAUGCAUCAGAUGCAGCUGAUCACUCAUACCCUGCCAGCCCUAACCACCCUGCACAACAGAUACUAGCUCCAGCGUCGCAUCUGUCAACAGACAACAAAGAGGUCAUUCUAGUGGCCAACCAGGCCCAGGAACAUGUAUACAGACCUUCGGCAGCGGGAAGUCGGCAGAACAGUCUCAACCGUGUCCAGCAGCCCCAUGUGCCACAACCUCCAGAGACUAUACUGAAUGGACCAAGACCUCAGAUAGUCAAAGAGUAUGGCCAACAGCAGAUGCCCAUGGCAGAAUACUUCGUGCCUCCUGCUCCUCCGCCCCCACCCCCUGUGAUACCUUCUGCUCAAACUGCCUUCGACAGCCCCAUCUCAGCACCCCCUGCUCUGGCUACCAGUGCCACAGCUUCCAUGGCUCACUCGUCCUAUGCACCUUCCCCACCUCCGGCUCCGCCCUGCCCAUAUUCUGCUUCUCCUCCUCAGACUGGCCCCAUGGGCCCCCCUGUUGCCCCUCCCCCUCCUCCACCUGGCCCCCCAACAGUCACUGCUUCACCAGCUCACUCAGCAUCACCCCCCACCGUUACGGUUGAGCCUCGGAAACCUCAGAUCCCUCUGAUACCAAUGAGCGAUGCCAGGAGCGACCUGCUUGCUGCGAUUCGUAGGGGCAUUCAACUCCGAAAAGUCCAGGAACAGUGGGAGCAGGAGGCAAAGAAGGAACCAGUUGGCAAUGAUGUGGCUACCAUCCUCUCCCGCAGGAUCGCGGUGGAGUACAGUGAAUCCGACGAUGACUCAGAAUUGGACGAUAAUGAGUGGUCAGAUUGAGAAAGCUGGAAUGCAGUGUUGGACUGUCUCUCUCCCACUUCCUAUGUGCCACUUUUCUGCAAGCAGGUGUGUAUUAGUGGGCUUCCCCAAAAGUAAAUACUGAAAGCCAUCAGCAGUUAUGGUAGUGUGACUUGCUUUUAUGCUCUGUUGCAUUGUUUAAAGAAAUUACAGUAUCAUCACCAUUGGUGAGUGCAUUGGGGGAAUGCACUUUAGAAGGAGGAUAACCAAAAUUUGCCCAUAAUAGCACCAGGAGUAAACACAAUACUUCAGUCUUUAAUAAUGCUGAAAAACACCACUGGGCCAAGAUCAAUGGAGUUACUCUAGAUUUAUACAGGUGUGACAGAGAUCAGAAGCUAACCCCAGAUGUGCAUUUUUAGAGAAGAAAUUGCACAGGCAGCACUGCUUAUUCAGCUAGAUGUUAAUUGUGUAAUGAAAAACUCCUGGAAAAAAAUCACGUUCCCUUAGAAAACCCAAUCACAUGGUUAUAGAUGUCUAGAGACCACUGUUCACUUGUUUGUGUUUUGCUCAGAGCUUUGAAAUUCUGGGACUAUGGGCCUCAUGACCAGGGACAAUCUGUGUUCAUUGCUCUGCUAAUUACUGACAGGAAGUGUUUGUUUUUGUCAUUCACUUUGCUUUGCAACAGUCACAAAGGAGAGUUCAGUGCCAUAUCCCACUGUCACUUUUAAAAGCACUUCAUGAGUAGGCUGAGAUGUUUAUGGUGUGCUUAAAUUUCCAUCUUGACACUCAGGUUCCCUGGAGAAAAGUGUGAAGGGGAAGUUCAGUAUAUACCAUAGAACCAGCUGUCCUUUUGCAGCCAAUAAAGAAACAACACUCUUGUUACUGCUUUGAAUGGUGUAAGGCAUAUUGCAGGUGCAAAAGAGUGAGCAAUUUAAUUUAAGUUGUCUAGAGAAGAUUCUAAUGGCCCUGAAAUGAAUGGCUAUUUGAACUGUUUUAAUUUGUUAUUUGCAAUGAAACUCACUGAGCAAACUGGUGCUCUUAAGCCACCUGUUUGAAAUACACAGUGAGCAAAAUUUGUCCUUUUGGGUUGAUUUUGUUUUUCACUCUCUAGCACUAGAGGAUAUGCCUGCAUGAUGUGAGGUUAACUCAGGCUUACUACAGAAGGAAAGGGUUAAUAAGGGCCCAGUUCUUCCACUCCAGUGAUGGAGUACAGCUAACCUCAUGAUAACAAGUAAAACUUGGCAAAAUAGGGUCCUGGGUUAUAAUGCUGAAAAUAGCACUUUGGUUUAAUUAAAAUAGAAAGCAGCUUAUUGAAGUAUUUGUGUGCAGAUAUUAAGGGAGAAGACAUUGGAAGCCAACAGGAUCCUGCAUGAAAUACUGAAAAUUGCAGCCAGUCACAACUCUAGGAGAAUGUGAAAUGCAUUCUGCUGCAUAGAAAACAAGCUAGUGGCAAUCUAGAUUCUGAUUGCAGUAUGUGGCCAUAUAAGGCCCAUGUACUGUAGGGGACCUAAGCUCAUCAGUGAGAACUCCAGUCUCACUUCCCUUGACUGCAGUCCCAUCUCCCAUCUGACUUUAGAGUCCUGGAUGGUAGAGGAAGUUGAACUCUCUUUCUGAUGAGAAUCUUGCACUUGGGUCCACCUCCUGGCUUUUAGUCCAUGACAAAUGGAGGAUACAGACAGGUAAGAGUCAGCCACAGUGUUAGUGCUCCAUUCUCUGGAGGUAGAGAGACUAGGUGAGAGAUGGAGAGGGUGUGGUUGGAGUCCACAAGUGUCAUUGCACACAGAGCACCAUUUAGCUAGUGCAAAAACUCACCCUCAGUAACUUGGUAAUGUCAGUGCUGAGCUGUACUCCAGGUAUUCAGCUGUUUUCCUCCCAGAGAGGAACUUGUUCUUGUUGCAGACUGUAUUCAUUAUGUCUCAAUCACAGCCAACCUCUGGCAAUUGGUGGUUCUCAUAACUAACAGCUCCUUUGCUAAAAGUUAUGUGUUCUUCAGGACCUUGAUUCUCCUGCUAUUUGCUCAUAAGCAGUAACAACUAUUUUCAAGGAGGCCAUUACUUGCUUUGUCUAAUGAAAUUAUAGCCUGUCCCAUGGGUUUAACCAUAUCCAACUGCUCCCAUCCCAGUACCUCCUUUAGACCAUUAAGGAUUGGUUUGUGGCUCUGUGAGAUCUAGGCAUGCCACAUUCUCUUCCUUCUUCAGCAAAUGUGUGAAUCAGUCUGUGGGACUGAGUAUUUGGUAGUGCUGUGUGGUCUAAAUGAAUUUUUUCAUGUGACUGUGUUGGGGAAAAGAGCUCAAGAAAUAGUGCUAGUGCACAGGACUGCUUGUAAUAUAUUGUACAGAAGUUUGUGGGUUGGCACAUCCAUUUCUGGGAGUGGCAAAUGGUACCUUUGAAGGGGGUCCCGAUGGGUUGAAGCACAGUAAGCUACUAUGUGAAUGACCUCUUGAGGCACAGUAAGCUACUAUGUGAAUGACUCUCCAGUUCUAACCAUGUAUCUUAAACUAAAUCUGAAAGGCUUCUGCGGUAAGGGGUGGAGGGUGGAGUUUCCUCUUCUCAAGCAAAUCUCUGUUUGACUUUCAUCAGACUGUGCGUCUGAGUGAGAGUUGUACAUCACAUCCUUGUAUUUUAUCUUUGAACCUCAUGUCAUGAUAGUGUUACUGAUAUGAUUAUUCCUCAAACACCUGCUCCUGCUUUGCUCAUUAAAACCUGGUCUAAAGUCCAAUGAGACUGGACUGCUACUAACACAACAUGUUAUGGCUGAAGUGUGGUCAACACUUAUGUUCUUAUGUGAGGGUCCCAGGAACAUAGGAUGAACCACACUAGGUAGGAUCCCAGGUCUUUCAAGUGCAAUAUCUGGUCUUCAGCAGCAGCCAGAACAGAAAAUAGUGAUAGCUAUAGGUGAUAGAAAAUCCCCAUAAUGCAGUUAGCUGGUUUUUAUGGAAACAAGGGAGAGGAAUAAGGAAAUUCCCUAUAUGAACUGAAUAGCAAUAGUUCCUGAUACAGAUGACAUCCCAGCCAAGAAGGACAAGGAAAACAAGACAAGCACCCAGUAAAAUGCAGCACACCCUCCCAACAGCAUUGACCCAGAAGAGAACAGCUCACAUGCAAAGCCUUUGGAGGAGGGAAUGUUUAGCUGAUUUGGAAGGAGCAGCAGAGCUGAACUGGGGAUUCAUGGUUUGCAGUGGUUACUAGAGGCGUUUGCUCUGGACACCACCCUCACUCUGCCACUGUCCCCCUGAGCAGUGGGAGAGACAGAGACAGCAAACCGCUGAAUAAAUUAGUAGUCAAAACCUGAUGUCUUUGCUCAAGCAGAGGAAUGCUGAAAGUGAUGGAGAUAUUUUCCUCAGUGAGGUGGACAGGACUUGACCUUAUGACAAGAUAAGAAAAGGCCUUGUUGGUUGAAAGUAACAUUUAAACAAUCACAUAUAAGUAUUUAUUGUAUAGUGUUGUUAAUAUAUGUGUGGUUUUGAUAUGAUACAUACAUGAAAAGAAAUACCAGAUAAAAGGUUUUUAUUUGUAAAAUGAAAAUAUAUAUGUAUAUAAUAUAGAGAGAUAGAGAGGGGAAUAAUGAAGACAUGUAUUAAUUGCCUUUAUCUUUUAUAUUCAUUCUAUAUUUAUUUCAUUUGGGCCACAGGGCUGUGAUUAAGCAGUGAUGAGGUGGGGAAACAAACCCUGAGCAUUUCCCCCUGUCAGUAUGGGUAGAGGCAAGGAGACAGACAGGCAUUUGGGCAGGAGGGCUAAACCGCUCCUUGCUAUGUUUGACUGGCCAGUAGGAAUGGGACGGACUGAUGAGGGACUUCCCUUUCUAACUCUUUGCAAGGACUGGGCAUGAUGCCUGCCCUACCGUAGCGGGUUUCUAAGAUUGGAGCAAUCUUACGAAGAGUGGCCAGCUGGACUUUGCAAGGUGUGUGGUGCAGAGCUGUAGGCACAGUGCCUCAGAGCAGUGAUUCUCAGCCAGGCUGCUGGGGCACCCUGGGGUGCUGCGAGGUCCUUGAAGAGUGCUGCAGAAAGUAUGAGGAGAUCGGUAGAUAAGGGCAGGCUCUGGCUCUCCCUGCCUGGUUGCUCCCCACCCCCACUGCUAGGCCUGUCUGCAAGAAGGUAAGCACUGUAAUAAAUAAGUUAGCUUUUUAAAUGGGUGUCAAUCAGUUCACAAAAGUUAUGGGGGGGCCUUGAGUCUAGUGCAGAGUGCCUUGAGUCUAAAAAGGUUGAGAACCACUGCCUUAGAGAAUGGCCUACAGAGACCAGUGCUACAUACUGGGCCAGGGGCUUAACACUGCAGAACCUGAUUCUGCUCCUCUUACACUAGUUUUGUACCUGGCUAAUGCCAUUACCUUCAUGCCCCCAAAUUACACUUGUUUUUCUGACACCAUAAUCAGGCCCACAGACUUGCCCAGAGAUUGUCCACUCGGUGACAGAUCCUGCCUGUUUUAUUCAGGCUAAUACCAGUGAAGGUCAUGGAAGUUGCUUACUAGGACUUAUUAGGCCCAAGCUAGCCCAGCUAGACCAGGGCAGGAUUGUUCCCUGUAGUAUAUAUCCUAGCACAGAGAUGUGUAGUGAUUUUAGUUUGCGGGGUGGCAUUAGCCAACUUCCUGAAAUUGCCUCUUGGUUGUUAUGCAAUAUCCUUAGGAGCACUUAGGGCAAGGUGUUCAUCUGAGAUAUUUAAAAAAAUGAUAUAUAGUAAGUGUGUGUGUGUGUGUGUGUGUGUGUGUGUUGUUUGCAGAGAUACAGUGCAACAUCAAACCCUCUCUGUUCAUGAGAGCCACAGGAGCCCAGUGGACUGGCUUUUGCUUCCAUAUUUAUUUCCAUUCCGGUACUAUAGGUUCCCCUCUUCUCUCUCAUAAAUUCCACCUGAUUCUUAGCACUUGCUGAUGGCCUUUUACUGCAGCUCUGUUUAGAACAGUUCCUCCCCCUUGUAAAUGAGCUUAUUUUAUACAAAAACGUUCCAAAGGCAAAGCAGGAGGAAUCAUGACUCAGGCGUCUCAUCCAUCCGUGUAGAAGACAUGAUGGGCCAGAUCCCCAGCUGGUGGGAACUGGCUUAGCUCUGUAAAGCUACACUGCUUUGUGUCAUCUAAAAAUCUAGCCAUCUAGAGUACAUUUUCUAUGGGCCAAAUCCUAUGAAGGGAGGGGGGAUCAUUUGCCAUUGACUUGCGGGGCUCAGCACCUUACAUAAUCAAGAACAUUGCAUAUUUUUAGGCAGUAUUAAGGCAGACAAGGUUCCUUGGGUGAAUUUGAUAUCUUUUAUUAGACCAACCCAAAUAGUUGGAGAAUAGUUAUUAAGCAAGCUUUUGGGUUCAAAAACCCUUCGUCAGGCUAAGGACGUUUCAGCAGUUGGUGUGUGCUCUUUCUGGAUGGAAUGAAAAGUAAAGAAGCCAGAGGCUGGGCUGGGGAGUCAGUUGCCAGGCAGAUUAUUGAACCCUAAUAACUAUUGCCUA